AUGGCAUCUUCAUCCUCAUCAUCAUCCUCCUCCUCCCCACCACCACCCUCUUCGACAGCUCGCGCACUUGAGGGAGAACCAUUGCUCGGGUAUAGACGGCCACACACGAUGAGCGCAAAAACGAGACUGGGAAGGCUUGUGAAGAGGCUGGAGACGGAGCAUGAGGAGGGAUUGACGAAUGCGCAGUUGAUGCUGACGAAUGAUGAUUUGAAGCCUGUUGAGCCUGCGCGGAGGACAUGGGGUCCAUGGAACUUUGUCGGUUUUUGGAUUGCCGAUUCAUUUAAUAUUAAUACAUGGAUGAUCUCCUCCUCGAUGAUCAUCGCCGGUCUCUCCUGGUGGCAGUCAUGGCUUUGCGUCUGGAUCGGUUACUUCUUCGCUGCAAGCUUCAUUUGUGCCACUGGCCGCAUCGGCGCAACCUACCAUAUCGGCUUCCCCGUCGUCGCGCGCUCGUCCUUUGGAAUCUGGGGCUCCCUCUGGCCCGUCUUUAACCGCGCCGGUAUGGCCUGUGUCUGGUACGGCGUGCAGUCCUGGAUCGGGGGUGAAUGUAUCUACCUCAUGAUACGCUCGGUCUGGACGGCGUUCGAGGAUGUGCCAAAUACGUUCCCAGACAGUGUGGGCACGACGACAAAGUACUUUGUCUCGUUCUUUAUCUUUUGGUUGAUAUCGCUGCCGGCGAUUUGGUUCCCUGUGCACCAGAUCAGACACCUAUUUACGUUCAAGGCGUUUGUGGUGCCUAUUGCUGGCUUUGCGUUCUUUGGGUGGAGUGUGCACAAGGCCGGCGGGUUGGGCCCCAUCGUGCACCAGCCGAAUACUGUUCAUGGGAGCACUCUGGCAUGGGCCUUUGUGAGCGGCAUCAUGAGCUCAAUUGCGAACUUUGCGACGUUGGUUGUGAAUGAUCCUGAUUUUACUCGUUUUGCGACUAAACCAAGCGACUCGCUGUGGUCCCAGCUGAUUUCAAUUCCCUGCUCGUUCGCCCUGACCUCCUUCGUCGGCAUCAUUGUCUCCUCCUCCUCAAUGGUAAUCUACAAGGAGGCCAUCUGGAACCCCCUCUCCCUCCUUGAGCGCUUCGUCCAAGAAGGCGGCUCCGGCAACCGCGCCGGCGUCUUCUUCAUCUCCGCCGCCUUCGCGCUAGCCCAACUUGGGACCAACAUCGCCGCAAACUCCGUCUCGGCGGGCUCGGACACCACCGCACUCCUCCCCCGCUUCAUCAACAUCCGCCGCGGCGGCUACCUCUGCGCAACCGUCGGCCUCGCAAUGUGCCCGUGGAAACUCCUGUCGACGACCAACAACUUCACUCUGUAUCUCUCCUCGUACUCGGUCUUCCUCUCAUCCAUUGCCGGUGUCAUGCUUUGUGACUACUAUGUGGUCCGCAAGGGCUACUUAGAGAUCCGCUCGCUGUACACGGCGAGAAAGUCGGCGCCGUACUACUAUACGUACGGUAUCCAUUGGCGUGCAUAUGUGGCAUACGUUGCUGGCAUCUUGAUCAACGUUGUUGGCUUUGCGGGCGCUAUUGGCAGGAAGGUACCGAUUGGGGCGACGUAUAUAUACAAUGUGAACUUCUUUGCCGGGUUCCUUGUUUCGUCGGCCGUCUACUGGGGGCUCUGUAAGGUAUCGCCAAUCCCGGCCUGUGCGGAGACGUGGACAGAGGUGGGUGAUGAGAUCACGGAGGUGAGAUUGGCGGAGGAUGAUGGUGAUAGCAGUGGAUAUGAUGUUGAGGGAGGGAGGAAAGAGGAGGGGAAGGGGGAGAGGUGCAUAGGCAGGGAUAUGGCACGGAUGCUUAUUAGUUAG